CCAGUCACGUGAGAGGUUGGCAAAGAUGUUAGGAAAACAACCUCAUUCAAACUCAUAAGAUAUUACACUUUCUAUUGGUCUUAUCUAAAUAGUGCGGCGCGAUUUCAUAAUAGCAUUGCGCGUGUCGAGUGCUCAUUUCCCCUCCUAUCUCAUUUGGAGUGGAGCAGCUACAGUAAGGAAGAGAUCUCUCUCUUCGCCGGUGUUAAAAGCCACAGACUUGUCAAGAUGGAAAAAGGAUACCAAGAAACAGCUCCACCCUACCCUGGCCCACCCUUGAACUAUGGGGGUGCAGCGUAUCCACCUGGAGUGUACCCGCCACCGAGUGCAGGACCACCACCUGCUGGAUUCCAAGGAGGUCCACCUACUACAGUGACUCACAUGGUGGUAACACCUUCACUGCAAGACAGUCCGGCACAGGCUGUGUGCCCCCACUGUCAGAGCACAGUUAUCACCCAGGUAGAGCGCACUGCAGGCCUGAUGACAUGGGCCGUCUGUGGAUGCCUCGCCCUCUUUGGGUGUUUUAUCUGCUGCUGCAUACCAUUCUGUGUGGACCCUUGCAAGGAUGUGGAGCAUCACUGCCCAAACUGCCACAGAGUCAUUCAUGUUUACAAACGAUUAUAAAAUGCUUCUUAUUGGGAAUCUUAUGCUGAUCAAACAGUGAAUGCUUUGGACAAACUAAACUUUGCAAAUGCUAUAUGGGGUCUCAUAUGUACUAUUCAGGUGUACUGUAUUGUGAUGUGUGGCUUUGCCAUUGAAGAGGACAGGGAUAAAUUACUGAUUUGAGACAAAACUUUUAAUGUGAUAAUUAUUCAGUCAAUGAAAUGUGUUUUGUCUCACCAGUCCAGUAGGACAAUUUCCUCAAUACAAUGUAAGCAAAUAAAAAUACAAAUCGCUUAUCUUUUUAUGUUUAUUUCAACUGAAAACAUUGCACUGUAAAAUAGAACAACAUUGUGUGUGUUAAUAAAAAAAUAUUGUAUUAAAUAAAAGAAGUUGCUAUAUUGAAAAAUAUCCAAUAACUAUGACCGUCAUUCUCGUGACGUCAUGGCGUGAUCUCGUCAACAACUCAGCUGUUGUAAUGGUGCAUUCAGGGACAUCGGGAAAUGAUAAACUCGAUUUGAACUUGAAUUACACUACGUAACAAUGAUUUUGGAAAAAAUAGAAAAAACAUUUACUUCAAGUAGAAUAAUCUAUUUUGUUCGUGGAUUGAGCCUAAAUUUGGCUGAAAUGAAUGUUACAUUAUUAUCAUUCUACACAAUUCAAUCAUGAAUGACACAUAAUUCUAAUAAAUGGCAACUUAAA